AUGUUAUCAUCUAUUGUUGCCUUUCUCCUCUUUGCAUUGGUAAUAUUGGGCAUUGAAUGUGAUAUAUCGUGUACAUUUUCACGUUCUACUAGAAAAAUUAAAUGCGGUAAUCAAGAAUGUUCAGCUAAUACGAACGAGACGCCUUUUGGGUAUUAUAAACUGGGUACUGUGAUAUGGAACAGAGGGAAUGGAAACUAUUGGGUCAAUCUAUAUCCUAAAAAGAAAAAUGGAGAUGGGUUUUGGGAUUAUUAUUGUGAAAAUCCAGAUACGGGACGCUCAAAAAUUGCUUUACAUCCUGGUUCGAUUACUGCGGGUUGUAUUUCUGUUCCUGAUUCAGACUGCUGGUCUCAACUUGAAACUAAAUUGAGACAACAAGAAUCAUAUUCAUUCAGUGUGACUGGUGUAGAACGCUCUGGCUAUAGUGAUCGGCUAUCGUUUUCGUGUAAUGGAGGUUGGUCAGCUGGUGCACGAUUGACAAAACCUGUUUAUGUCAUUGGAUCUCUUCAAGUUAUAAAUUAA